UGUUUUUUAGUUAUCAUUGUUACGACGAGCGAUAGCGCCGAUAGCGAACAAACUAUGUUAUACAAAAAGUAUAUUGUACUAAAAACGAUAGGUAUAUAUAAAUAUACUUAUUAACUUCAAACAGUUAAAACUUAAACGUCACUUAGUUAAAGUUCAGCCAGGCUAACAGCUCUAUCCAUUCGUUUUUGGAAAAAAUAUAAGUAAAAACGAUUAAUUGGGAAUAUAUUAUAAUACAAUAAUGGCAGUCCAACCACAGUUUGAAAACAACAACGAAAUAGGGGUAUUCAGCAAGUUGACAAAUUCCUAUUGUUUGGUUGAAAUUGAUGCCUUGGAUACAUUUUAUAAUGUAUUUGAAUUUGAGUAAUUUGAUAUAGAACUAUAAUGGACAUUGAUAUCCGUGAGUUGAUAGAUGAUGAAGAUGAUGAAAAUCAAGAAGAAAUGACUGCUCAGAAGGUUUUACAAAAUGUUGAACGAGCAUGGUUAAAUGAAAAAUUUAGUCCAGAAAUACUGCCACAUCAGACCGACUAUGUUGAAUGUUUGCUAGAACAAAUCAAGGGAAUGGAAGGAAACCUUGCCAAAUUAUCAAAAACUGAUCCAAAAGUGGACUUGCACAAACUUGAAUUAGAACGUAUUAAAUUUGUAAUAACUAGCUAUUUGCGAACUAGGUUGAAGAAGAUAGAAAGUUUUUGCGUGAGUGUGCUUGAAGAAGAAGCCACUCGUUCUGAAGAAGAUAAGUAUUUAUCACCAGCAGAAUUGCAAUUUGCAAAAGAAUUUGCUUUGAAUGCUGAUAAUCAUUUUGAUGCUAUACUCCGGCAUAUGCCUCAACUAUACAACAAAUUGGAUAGAAAUAAAAAAAUUAUCGAGCCCAAUCUAAAUAGUUUUGUUUUCUUAAAAUGUAACAAGCAUAUAGACAGUGUUAUCAUUAAAAAUACAUUGGAAGGCCAAGAAGAAGAAAUUGUAUUAGAAGAUGGUUCUCAGCAUUUGAUGCCUUAUAGCUCUGUAGCAGAAUUUGUAAAAAAUGGUACUGUUCAAUUGAUCUAAAUAUUUAAUUAAAGUUCUCAACAUCCUUUUAUUCUUCAUUCAAUUUAUUAUUUAUGUUAUAUAAUUAAAAUUCAAAAAUAAACUGAUAUUACAAGUAAAAUAUUCUUU